AUGACGUCCUUUAUCGAAGCUGCUUAUUUGCCCGUGCCAAAUAUAUAUUUUAAUCAUGAUUAUAAUUUUACUAUUCUCUGUGAUUCAACUAAGAAUGCUGUUGCUGUUAAUGAUGAUUGUAAUGAAUUUAUCAUUGAAACAAGAAAUACUACUAAUUCCGAUCUUCUUAAUUAUUACAAAUAUUCUGGAGCGUUUCAACCAAAUUACAACGCUACUUCUGAUACGGGUGGUACACUUUUUACUCUUUCAAUAUAUAUCACAGAUCCCCAAUAUAAUUCAUCCAAUCAAAAAUAUGAUAAUUAUGAUAUAGAUGGUCAAGUCCUUAGAGGUACACCAACUCCAUUUGAACAAUCACUUUUUGAUAGUAACGAAUAUUUUAUAUCACAACCUAAAGAUGACAUAAUUGUAAAUUAUAAAUGUAAAAUCCCUGAAGUAUAUGUAGUUUUUCCUUUAGCAGCACCUUUUAUGCCAAGUUCUAAUCCUGUUGUAAAAAUAGAAAAAGAACAAAGGAACAAAACUGUUUUUAAUUUACUAGGAAUUCUUGGUGGCAUUUGGAGCGCUAUGGCAGCUUUUUAUGUAUUUUUAUUUGGACUUGGUUUAAUUGCUCCAUGGGGUUUUAUACACAGAUCGCGGCCAUUCAAAAACCAAUAUGAACAGGACCUCUUAAUAACUACAUUGGAUUUACAAGUUAACGAGUUUGAUGAUGAAAAAAUAUCUGGUAUCGAAGAACAUGAGAAUUCCUCAACUCAAAAGCGACUCGAUGAUUUAGAAAAACAAGUUGAACGUUUAAAAAAAUUUAACAAAUUCUAUAGAGAAUACAUUAUUGAUAUUUCAUUCUUAAAUUCUAUUAAAACAAAUUCAUCUCCUCUACUUGAUAUGGAAUAA